GAAAAUGAGGCACGAAAACAGAUGACGAUCAUCUCUCUAUGUUCUUUUUGUUUUCCCUCAAUCUCAAUAGGAACAAGAUAACACCUAUAUACAUAUGUUUGUGAAUUUGUAACAAUGGCCCAAGCAAACGAUAUUGAGAAAACCUCCAACGCCCAAAGCGGUCAACAAGUUCAAAACGUGCAGCAUAUUAAGAGUACCUCUAAAGCUCAAACUUCCUCGACUUUUCAACAACUUUUGCAACGCGAAGGCUCGAAGUGGUCACAUAUUUCCACGGAAAAGCUCAAAAAGAACAAAAACCAAGAACACAACGGGAACGACCAUAACAAGAAGUCGUCUGUGCUAGCAAAAGUAAAAGAGAAGGCCAAAAAGUUGAAACAUUCUUUGAGUAUCAAGAAACAUCGCCAUGAAAAUGAUCCACCAUCUACUUCCGUCACUUGUAAUGCCAUCACUAGUUCAGAGGACAAAGGGGGAGAAAAUGCCGAAUUUCACAGUCCAAGAAUGUCCACAUCCAAACAUAUACCAGACACCAACAAACAGGAAGCAAGAGAUCAUCCUAGAGAAGCUCACAUACCAAUCACCGAGAAACAUUCACCAACCAGCAAAGACGAACCUACAUGUUCUAGUAACACAAUAAAAAAUUCCCAUUCCAAGAAUGGGGAACUAACCGAUGAUGCUAACCAUCAGGUAACAUCCACUGUUGGUGCUCACAAUGAUGUCAACAAUCAAGCAGCAACAACAGCCGAUGCUGCUAAAGAAAAUGAUUUGCCAGAAAGCAGUUCAAGAUUUUCAAACCUCACGGUUUCCACUGCGGGAAAAGACGAGAGAAGCACUGAAGAGGGAGAGAACAUGAAGACGUGGGAGAGAGGAGUUUCAGUGAAAGAAUAUUUGUUGCAGAAGUUUGAGCCUGGAGAAGAUGAGCGGGCACUAUCCCAAAUAAUUACACAGACCAUAAGUCCUAGGCGAGAUAAAGUGAGAGAGGCAAUGAGUUCGUUUCUGAAAACGGAAGAACCUUCAGAGUCAACAAGUAAGAUUUCAAACUCGGAGGUGAAUGAUAACGAUACGAACCCUAAUAACUUAAAGACGACGAAGUCAUUACCUGCGUCAGUCAACACAGAGUCGAAAAUUGCUUCGAUUGUUCAAAGCCACAGUUUAGGGUCAAAUGCUUCUAAGAAUCUAAACCAGACUUUUAAGUCGACAGUUGCUUCAUAUCAAAACAAUUUGAACUCCUCAGCCAACACUUCAUCUAGUCCAAAAUCGAGUUCAUCGCCUUUGGGUCAUGGGGUUAGUUCUCCUGAAUCUAGUAAUGCUCAUACUACUCGGGUUCCACCUUCCAAAAAUUUACUUGGAGCUGUGGAAGAAUAAAAUGAUGGAAGAAUUCUACAAGCUAAGUGAUCGAAGAAGUGUGUAGCUGAAGGCCCUUUCCAUGCAGAAACGAGGCCAUGCAUGAUCGUAUUUUUAACAAUUUAAUUAUGAUUUUUGACUUAAUUUCUUCUCAAAACGUAACAAAUUGUGUGUUUUUCUGUACAUGGAAAUGAACCUUUAUUGCAAGAGU